AUGCGCCAUGCAGCUUCCAGCUGGAGUCUCCCAGUAGCAGCAACAGUGCCUUUACGACCUCAGUGCAGCCUCCUCCAAUCCACCGCGCCCUCGCCCUCGCCCUCGCCCUCGACCACCUCCUUCUCAACAACCUCGCACCACCAAAAGAAACCAGUCAACCUCCCACCACGGCCCCCGCCGCCCCCCGAGUCCGAAAUCGACGAAUCCUUUCUCAAGGGCUCCGGGCCCGGCGGCCAAAAGAUCAACAAGACCAACUCGGCCGUACAGCUCAAACACCUGCCCACGGGCAUCGUGGUAAAGUGCCAGGCGACGCGGUCGCGGACUGAGAACCGCAAGAUUGCGCGCCAGCUGCUCGCGACCCGCCUCGACGAUUUGGCCCGUGGCGACGAGAGCCGCAGCGCCGUCGUCGGCGAGGUCCGUCGCAAGAAGCGCGCCAGUGCCGCCAAGAAGAAGAGGAGAAAAUAUCGCAAGCUCGGGGAGGGGGAGGAGGAGGUGGCUGUUGACGAAGAGCACGAAGAGAUCCUGGAGGACGAGCUUGAAGAUGUGGAACAUACUAGGCAAGAUGCUCAAGCGCAAACCACAGAAAUGAACUCGAACCACAUCGCGAAAGCAAAGACGUAG